AUGUCUAUGUUUCGGCCAGCUGCAGAGAUUUCGUCGUCCGAUUCUCAGUCCAGCGAUGCGGAGGACGACUAUAUUGAGUUUGAGGCGUCAACUGACAAGGCCGAACAUGGCAGCCGGAGCUCUGGACGGGCGAAAGAGGAAGUUAAAAGCCUAUUUACCGUUGAUUCGGACCAGGGAAAUGCUAGUGAUGUCUCUCAGUAUAGUCUUCCGGACGUCAAGGAUAUGCUGGAUGUGGACGUCGCGGGCCAUACUAACAUGAUGACUUCUGCCUUACUGGAGUUCUACUGCCUCAGCCGAGCUGCAGAUAUUCUCAAUUCCCAGAAGGGAUCGCACAAACGAUAUACCCGUGAUUCCCCCGAGGUCCAAUAUCUCGGAAAGAAGAUGUACGCGUACAAAUGCCAAUUUUUGUCAUCUCACGGCCUGUUAGCCGGCGGAGUUGAAAAGGAAGAACUAGGUAAAACCAGACAAUACUAUCGAGAUAACCUGGAUUUACUCGGAGUUGCUGCCCUUGAAAAAAUGGAUCCCAAUGAUUUUCAGCGACAGCAGUCAUCAAUUGCAUCACCUAGAGAUCUGGAGAAGAUCUCCAAGACCUUCAGCGGCAAACAGCUUCUUACGGAUCAGGAAUCUGCCGGUUCCCCGCGGAUUGAAACGGGAAAUUGGAGUCUAGGAAAUCAAUUUUUCGACAAUGACAAAACUCGUGCGCUGGAGGAUAUUCAACUCGACAUGGGAGACUUGUUGGACCCGAUGUUGUCUAUUUUUCCAAGCUCUCCUGUCAGCUUCCCGCUAUUUAGCCCAGAACAGCCUGGAAGCAAGACUUCUCGUUAUGCAGUCGAGUUCUGUGAAGUGAAAAUUCUCGGCCGCGGUUCAUUCGGGGAGGUAUACCACGUGAGAAAUCACAUUGAUGGGCAGGAUUACGCUGUUAAGAAAAUCCCCCUUAGUCAUAAGCGACUCGAACAACUACGGUCCGGGGGACGAGAUCAACUUGAGAAGAUCAUGCGAGAAAUCCGAACCCUUGCCCGACUUGAGCAUACGAAUGUUGUCAGGUACUAUGGGGCAUGGGUGGAACAGGCCGACACUCCUAGACAUGCUGGCCGACAAUCUCCCUUGAAGACCGGGAGUGAACAUACUAAGAGUAAUCUUAUAAGUCAGGGGUCUACUAUGGAUGAGCAAAGUUUUGGUAUUGUAUUCGAGAAUUCAGAGAAGAGUACUGCAGAAUCUGAUUCUGGGGAGUACAAUGCGGAUGGUUCCGACGUGUCACGGCUCUUGAGGAACCGCAUACCAACAAAGGAUACAGGAUAUGAUGAGGAUGUCGAGUCCAUACCGCGUGAUUUCGGUACUGUAUCCCAGAGCCAACUGUCAACAAUGGGUGCUACAUAUGACAUCUUUACAGACGGAUUAAGCCAGGAAGAAAGCAAGCUGCAGAUUCAACGGAGUAACCGGCAGGGGCUACAGGCACCGGCUAUCAUCCUUCACAUUCAGAUGUCGGUACAUCCUAUAUCCCUCAGUUCCUAUUUGAAUCCGCAGUCACCAGAAACCGAUAGGCUAUCUCAUCGCCAUUGUUUCCAUCUAAUACCAUCUUUGAAACUGAUGUUGGGCAUUAUCUCUGGAGUCGAAUAUCUCCAUUCAAAAGGCAUUGUCCACCGGGACUUAAAACCGGCGAAUAUUUUCCUUUCUUCUCCAGAGGAUAAGUUACAAGAGUGUCCUACUUGUAAAAUGGAGCGUGGCACGGGCACUCCGUAUUGCCAUCCUCGCAUUGGAGACUUCGGUCUCGUCGCAGAUAUAUCGCAUUUCAAUGACGGCGAAGCAGACAGUCGCCUGGUUCUCCACCAGAAGAGUCACCGUGCGGGUCAUAUUGUUGGAACAGAAUUUUAUCGCCCAUGCGUCCACAGCGAUAAUGCAUCCUUGUAUUCAAUAGACGAAAAGCUCGAUGUAUAUGCGCUUGGCGUGAUUCUCUUUGAACUCCUAUAUCGAUUUGAUACAAAAAUGGAACGCCAGUUGGUUCUGGCACAGUUAACACGGGGUUCUAAUAAGUACAAUCACAGCUUCACCAGGCAGAUGCCAUGCUCUGGUGAUUUCAUGAAGAAGGUGGAUUUGGGAACAAUGAUGUUGGAAGAUGGUACUUCUGUGUCGGAAUUCUUGAUAGCAUGUAUCAUGGGCAUGCUCGAACCGAACCCUCAGCAGCGAUGGUCUUGCCAGGGAGUCAAAGAGAGCUUGAAGAGACUGCUGGCAGCAGUGGCAGGUGCUUAUGCGCAACAGCAGUAG